CCUGUCUGCCCGUAACUUUCUCGUUGGCCCUCAAUUUAUUGUGUCUCUCUUCCCUCUCUUCCCUUACUUUGACUUGUGCUGGUCUAUCGUGAACCUGAGUAUUGAGGGUACUUAGUACUAGUACAUAUUACUACAUACAUACAUACACACCUGUCUCCGCUCUCCUUUCCUCCCCAAUUCCCUUCAUCCCCUUUACCCUCUCCCCUCACACCCACUGACCACCCACAUUGCGUAACCGUACCUGCAGUACUGUUGGUUGACAACAUGUCGGCCACUGGAACGUACAGGGGAACUACUACUGGCCACAAGACUGUGGGCAGAGGUAGGUUGCCCGACUUCGAUAGUCCGGCAUCCCACAUUCCGCGUCCUCGGCCUGAGACCGCUUCUUCCACUCCCAAUCCUCACACACCCUCCAGCGACAUUGGAAGUUCAACCAUGAGUGCUGCAAGCAGACAAAGACAGAAUCAGUCGAAGCGAGAUGAGGCUAUCCGCCGAAAGAUGGAGGCAGACCUCAACAAGAAGAAGCAAGCCCCGACAAGGGCGCAUCGCUCUCGGAAAGCUCCGCCAGGAACCGUUCUCGCCCUGAAACCUAGUCAAGCUCUUCAGAUUAAGCCUAACAUGACCAUUGCGGAGGCCGCUCAAUUGAUGGCAGCGAAGCGGGAGGAUUGUGUUUUGGUUACCGACGAUGAUGAUCGCAUUGCCGGAAUUUUCACUGCUAAGGAUCUCGCGUUUCGUGUGGUGGGUGCUGGCCAGAAAGCUCGAGAUAUUACUGUCGCCGAAAUCAUGACCAAGAACCCUUUGUGCGCGAGAACCGAUACCAGUGCUACCGAUGCACUCGACCUCAUGGUUAGGAAGGGCUUCAGACAUUUGCCAGUUAUGGAUGAGAACCAGGAUAUUUCUGGUGUUCUCGAUAUCACUAAGUGCUUCUACGAUGCGAUGGAGAAGUUGGAGCGCGCAUACAGUUCGUCCCGCAAGUUAUACGAUGCGCUGGAAGGUGUUCAGACGGAACUCGGCUCCAGCCAGCCUCAGCAGAUCAUCCAGUAUGUCGAAGCCUUGCGUUCGAAGAUGUCUGGUCCGACUCUUGAGACUGUCCUUGAUGGUAUGCCGCCUGUUACAGUCUCCGUUCGCACAUCUGUGAAGGAAGCCGCUGCUAUGAUGAAGGAACACCACACGACCGCCCUUCUAGUACAGGAUCAGGGCUCGAUCACCGGUAUCUUCACCAGCAAAGAUAUCGUACUGCGUGUCAUCGCUCCUGGUCUUGAUCCGUCGACAUGUAGUGUGGUUCGCGUCAUGACACCUCACCCUGAUUUUGCGCCCGCCGAUAUGAGUAUUCAAGCCGCGCUACGGAAGAUGCAUGACGGCCACUACCUGAAUUUGCCAGUUAUGAAUGAGACGGGCGAGAUUGUUGGAAUGGUCGAUGUGCUGAAACUCACAUAUGCCACUUUAGAACAGAUCAAUUCGAUGUCGACGCAUGAUGACGAAGGCCCGGCAUGGAACAAGUUCUGGCUGUCUAUGGACCAUGAAUCCGACUCGAUGGUGUCUGGUAGCCAACAGCCCAAUCAUCGGUCAGUACUCAGUCCUGAGUCUCCGAAGGCUAGUUAUGACGCCAGAGACAGUGUGCUUCCUAACGAGUCGGCUUCUCACCAUGGCGGCGAUGAGCACUCCGAAUACAUUGAUCACCAUCAUCAUGGCGAACAUGUUCCGUUCCCCUUCAAGUUCAAGGCACCAAGCGGCCGGGUUCACCGUGUUAACAUUCUCCCCUCUGCUGGCAUUGCUGAUCUAGUUGCUCAAGUCACGGCCAAGCUAGGAUCUGAGGCGGAGGCCGUCGGUGGUGCGGCAACCUGCGAGGAGGGUAAACUUAGCAACACAGGCUAUGCUUUGAGCUAUUUGGAUAAUGAGGGAGACACUGUCUCGAUCACUACUGAUCAGGACCUUGCGGAUGCAGUUACUUUGGCACGCCAAUCGCGUCGGGACAAGGUGGAUCUCUUUGUUCAUGACCCGACGCAGCCUCCAAUUCCUGCUACUCUCGAACCCCAACCCGCACCUGUCAAGCCUGUGGAGGAGAGGGUCUCCCCAGUACCCGAGGAUCAGUUGUCGGAGGAGCCAUAUGCGUCUAAGCCCCGGUCUCAGACUUUCUCGUCACAUCACCCAGAAGAGCAGUUCAUUGCUGGUGUACCUAACGAGUUACUCCUUCCUGGUGCAAUUGUCACACUGGCCGCUGUCAUUGCAGGUGUUUUCGUCCUGAGCCGGGCCACUUCCCGGUAAUACGAGUCUAGCGCGCAUUGUUUGAUACGGUUGAAUUGGUGGUAUUGUUGUAUUUAGUUCUUUUGUCUUUUCGUCAGUGUAACCCGAGAGCGCUGUUUCUCCGCUUUUUUUUGGCCAUCGUUUAGCUGUUGUCUGCAUUAAUUUCUGAUAUUGACUGUUCGGAUACCGCUGCUGUUAUUAGUGAAAGCAUAGUGUGAUUUACAGCGCAUAGAAAAGAUUCGGUUUUUUUUUGUUUCA